AUGGCCUCUGGUAGCCCAAAUCUGUUUGGACAAAGCCUGUCCAGCCUCACAGAGACGGACAAGGACAGCUCCAGCCUCAUGCCUCUGUGUGCUGUGUCUAUCAUCUUUGCCACUGGAGUGACCGUUGCUUUGAUCCUGCGUUGUUAUCUGGGGGAAAGUAUGGUGUUUGUUAAAGGUGCGUUGGUGUCGGACCAUGAGCGCUGCACUGCGCUCGGUCAAAAAGUCCUUCAAGAUCACGGAUCGAGUGUGGAUGCAGCCAUCGCUGCUGCCCUGUGUCUGGGUGUUGUGCAUCCACACGGGUCAGGUAUUGGUGGAGGUGGGGUGAUUCUGCUUCAUGACAUCCAUAAGAAUGAAACCAAGGUGAUCAAUUUUCAGGGAACUGCGCCUAAAGCACUAACAGAGGCGGUGCUGCAAAAUGUGUCAGAGCUUGAGGCAGGUCUACAAGUGGGAGUGCCAGGUAUGCUCAGAGGGUUACAUCAUGCUCACCGUCUGUAUGGGAGUCUAUCGUGGGAGGAUGUGGUCAGCAGAGCAGCUGCCGUCGCCAUCGAAGGUUUCAGUGUGUCUUUCAGUCUCGCUGAGGCUAUAUCAAAGGUAAAAGGUGAGCAGCUACCACAGCGUUUCAGGGAAAUGUUCUUCCCAGGCGGUCAAGCUCUACUUCCUGGUUCAUUUCUGAGGACGCCCACUCUGGCAGGAGUCCUACAGGCCGAUCUGUCAAACUUUUAUGAUGGGAACUUCUCACAAGAGAUAGUGGAUGAGGUUCCCCCUCCCCCGUCUGCUGGUGCAGCACUGAUAUCAGCUCUCAGUUUGUUAGAGGGCUUCCGUCUCACUUUAGCUAUGACCAGUGGUUUGGGUGACCCUAAAUAUAACUCUUCAUUGGCUGAGCUGCUCUCUGACAUGCUGAGUAAGAUUCAGGCCGAGAUGAUCGAUUACUCCCACACAUCUCCGCACAAGCACUACUCCACUAUCCACUCCCUCCAGCCUGAGCUGCAGGCUGGACAGGUAGCGGUCAUGGGACCAGAUGACCUCAUGGUGUCGGUGGCAAGUUCCUUAAGCAGACCAUUCGGAAGCAGACUCAUAACUCCGUCAGGUGUUAUUCUCAACAGCCUCAUGCUUGAUUUCUCCUGGCCAAAUAAAACCAGAGGGCAAUUCCAAACCAACCAGAGAAAUGGAGUCCAGCCAGGAAAGAGGCCUCUGUCAUCUGUCAUGCCCACAAUAGUGGUGCCAGCCUGGAAUAAAUGUGGGAUCUACAUGGCACUGAGCAGCACAGGGGUCAGUGCGACCACCCAGGUGUUGAUCAGUGCUCUGUCCAACCAUCAAGAGAAAAAUGAAAGCCUCUCCCUGAAAAGAUUCCAUCUGCCAAACAGACCUCUUUUUGACUCUGACUCUCCAGAAGAGGGUGUGCCAUUGUUGCAUGAAAAGGGCCACGUAGCUCAAAGAGUGAAGACAGACUCUGCUGUCCUGGGCAUCCUGAGGAACAGAGAUGUCAUUAAGACCAUAGCAGUACCUGAAUUAUCUGAUGGCUCAUCAUAG